CUUCCCCGCGCGCAUGCGCCCCGCGCCUGCUCGCGCUCCUCAGCCUGGGUCCUAAGCAGUCGGCCGCAGACAGACUGUGUGUACAGUUCGUCCGCCCGCCCGCCCGCCGUCUCCGUCCGCUGUCACCAUGCUGGCCGCCGCUCUCCGCCGCUGCUCCGCUUCGGUGCGCGUCCUGCUGCCGAGGGCGGGGGCUGCGGCCCCUUCCACGUCUGCGUCCUCUCCCGCCGCCGCCGCCUUCCAAUCAGUUCGCUGCUAUUCCCAUGGGUCCCAUGAGACAGAUGAGGAGUUUGAUGCUCGCUGGGUGACAUACUUCAGCAAACCAGAUCUUGAUGCCUGGGAAUUACGGAAAGGAAUGAAUACACUGGUCGGCUAUGAUCUGGUUCCAGAACCUAAAAUCAUUGAUGCUGCUUUGAGAGCAUGCAGACGGUUAAAUGAUUUUGCUAGUGCAGUUCGCAUUCUAGAGGUUGUAAAGGACAAAGCAGGACCUCAUAAGGAAAUCUACCCAUAUGUUAUCCAGGAACUUAGACCAACUUUAGAUGAAUUGGGAAUCUCUACUCCAGAGGAAUUGGGCCUGGACAAAGCAUAAACUGUCAUGGAUGGGCUUCCUAAGGAUUGGUUGGUAAUGCUACUUGAUCAUACACAUUUACCUGGAGAUGCUGAUGAUAGAAUAUUAUUUGAACAUGUUUGUCUUUAUUGAGUCCUGGUCUGUACAAUAUUUACUUGGAUCUUAAUAAAAGAGAAGCAGUUUGAACUUAA